CUAUGGAAGCAAAUGAAAAUUUACGAAAAAGAAAUAUAGAUUUGGUGGAAGAAAUAGAAGAUAGUUCAGAAUUAGAAGAAGGAUAUACAACAAAUAGUUCAAAUGUACAAGGUUUGACUAGUUCAAAUGUACAAGGUUCGACUAGUUUAAAUGUACAAGGUUCGACUAGUUCAAAUGUACAAGUACAAACACCAAUAACAUCUCAUUUUUCAUCUGAUCGUCCAUUAUCAAAAGCUACAGUUAAUCGAUUUGAUCAAAAAAUAACUAAAGCUUAG